AUGGAAGUUGCGGAUGAGAAACGCAAGAAGAAAGUAGAAGAGAUUAUGAAUGAAUAUGAGGAGGUUUCGGUGGAUUUGUAUUUUGUUCGUGUGAAAAGUCAUCAGUUUGCCGCAUGUCAUCAUAAGAUGCAUCCUAGAGGAUAUGAAUCUCCUGGAGAUGAGAGUUCCUCAAACUCCUCCAGGAAAAUGAGGGGUCCUCCUAAUGUCACUAUUGCUACAGUUGUGUCUCAACCUGCAUCUUAG